AACGAAACUUUUGUUUAUCUGUAAAAAUUGAAUUAUAAAUGGCUGGAGAAGUUAUUGUGGAUGCCUUGCCCUACAUUGACCAUGGGUACGACGACGUUGGCGUCAGGGAAUCGGCGCUCGCCAUGGUGGAAGAGGAGUGCAGACGCUACCGGCCGACAAAGAAUUACCUGGACCAUCUGCCACUGCCAGCCACUUCGCCCUUCGAGACGCCGCUGAUGGUCAACGAAUUCGAGCGCAUACAGAAUCGCCUGCCGAUGGAGACGCUCUCCAUGAAGCGGUACGAGCUGCCACCUCCGCCAUCCGGCAAGUUGGGCGAGGUGUCUGCUUGGCAAGAGGCCAUCGAAAAUUCCAUGGCCCAACUGGAGCACCAGUGCGUGCGCUCGCUAAAUCUGGAACUUUUGCUGGACUACGGCACGGAGGCGUGGAAAUCCUACUUGGAGGUGUUCACGGCCAUGCAGGCCAAAGCGCAGCUGCAGCUGCAGCAACUGAAAAAAGACAUACAGGACGUGAACUGGCAACGCAAGCAGGCGCAAACGCUUGCGGGCGAGAGGCUGCGCUCUCUGGACGCCCACUGGGUGUUGCUGGUAUCGAAGAACUAUGAGAUUGAAACCGAGUGUGUGGAGCUCGAGAAGCUGGUUCAGGCCGCCCGCGAACACAUAAAAACUCUUGGUCCGACCAACGCUAAUGACACCGCACCAACGCCGGAGCACAUAAAUGGACAUGCCGAAGAGGACAUCUCUGAGAGCAAUGGAAACAUCAAUAGCAACAGUAGUGCUAGUGGCGACGGAGAUGGAGAUGGAGACGUAGAAAACGUAGAAGACGUACGUGGCGGUGAUGGGGACGCAAAUGGUGAUGGGGAUGGUGAUGAUGCUGCCGAGGACGAAUCCUCCAAUGAGUGAAUGAACGUAGGAUUCAGUAGACAUAUAAUUUGUACAAGUUUAAAUACAUAUAGAGUUCAUAUAACAAGCAG